ACGCUCACUUCCGUCGCGCCUGCGCAACUGGACCCCCGGGCUCGCACUGUGGUGGCGGUUUUUGGGAUCUGCCAGUUAGUGGGAGACUGCCCUUUAACUCCCGAAGGCGAUGCGCUCCGCCCCAGCCAUCAGAGCCUGCCGGAGAGUCUCCCGGUGCCUGUUGUCUGGGUUUGGGGGUCAAGUAGAUGGGAGGCAGCCGGAACAGUUGUCGGAACGGACAGGCUCCUUCGUAGGGCCCGUGAGGUCGCGAGCGGAGCUGCCCCGAAACGAGCCGAGAGAGGCCCCCGAGUCUGGUGGUGAGGGGAGUGAGGCGCUGGUAGAGAUCUGUCACAAGAGACGUUUCCUCAGUGGCACCAAGCAGCAGCUUAGCCGAGAUUCUCUUCUAAACGGAUGCCACCCCGGCCUUGGCCCCUUGGGCAUAGAGUUGCGGAAGAACCUAGCGGCCGAAUGGUGGUCCUCGGUGGUGGUGUUCAGGGAGCAGGUCUUCCCGGUAGACGCCCUCCAUCGUGAACCAGGUCCUUCACUGCCCGUGGACAAUGGCUUCAGGUUAGUUUCUGCAGAAACGCUGCGCGAAAUCUUGCAAGACAAAGAGCUGAGUAAGGAACAGCUAGUAGCAUUUCUUGAGAACUUACUAAACACUUCUGGGAAACUACGGGAGAACCUUCUUCACGGUGCCUUGGAGCACUAUGUUAGUUACCUGGAUCUGAUAAACAAGAGGCUGCCUUUUGGCCUUGCUCAGAUUGGAGUGUGUUUUCACCCUGUGUCUGAUACUAAGCAGACCCCUGAUGGUGUUAAAAGAAUCGGUGAAAAGACUGAAGCUUCUCUGGUAUGGUUUACUUCAGCAAGAACUGCAAGCCAGUGGCUUGAUUUCUGGUUACGUCAUCGACUCCUAUGGUGGAGAAAGUUUGCUGUGAGUCCAUCUAACUUCAGCAGUGGAGACUGUCAGGAUGAAGCAGGCCGAAAAGGAAACAAACUUUACUACAAUUUUCCCUGGGGAAAGGAGCCAAUAGAAACCCUGUGGAAUCUAGGCGAUCAUGAACUUUUACACAUGUAUCCUGGAAGUGUGGCUCUAUUACAGGGCCGAGACGGGCGGAAAAACGUGGUUCCUUCUGUUUUAUCUAUAAAUGGAGAUCUAGACCGAGGCAUGCUGGCCUACCUCUAUGAUUCUUUCCAGCUAACAGAAAACUCCUUUACAAGAAAGAAAGAUCUUCAUAGAAAGGUGCUUAAACUUCACCCUUGUUUGGCCCCUAUUAAAGUUGCUUUGGAUGUGGGACGAGGCCCAACAGUGGAACUAAGACAGGUUUGUCAAGGGCUGUUUAAUGAAUUACUAGAGAAUGGAAUUUCUGUGUGGCCUGGUUAUUUGGAAACCGUGCAGUCUUCACUGGAACAACUUUAUUCAAAAUAUGAUGAAAUGAGUAUCCUCUUCACAGUGUUGAUUACUGAAGCUACUUUGGAGAAUGGAUUAAUACAGUUGAGAAGCAGAGACACCACAAUGAAGGAGAUGAUGCAUAUAUCCAAAGUAAAAGACUUUUUAACUAAAUAUAUAUCAUCAGCUAAGAAUGUAUAGAUUUCAAUAUUUGUAUAAUAAAUAUUCACCUUUCCUAA